AUGGGUGUGAAAAGUGUGGCCUUUCGGAUAGGAACAUGCUUUAGAGCAGCCUGCAAGCAUCCAUUUGUUAUGAUUAUGCUGUGCUUAUUGGGAGUUGUGUACAGAUCAUUUCCUUAUGUGUUUUCCUUAUUAGUAUCUGCCUCUCCUAUUAUUUUCUGUACUGGUGUUUUGCUUGGAGCAUUGCUUAGUUUUAGCCAGAAAAAAGCACCUCCCGAAAUCCGAGGAGGAGGAGAGGAAACACUGCAUUUUAAGACUCAGAUAUCAAAUAAUGUUAGUGUUGUGCAAAGACAGGAAACAAGUAAACAAGUUGAGGAAGAUAGUUCUGAGGAUGAUGAUACUGAGAGGUCACAGCAAGGAUUUGAGCUACUAAAUGGUGAUGGGUUUGUUUUGAAGAAGGAUCAUUGUUUGCCCAUUCCAAAGUUGUUGAGUUCUGAGGUUGAAAUUCAUAAAUCAGGUUCCUGUGAUUCUAAACUGCCAAAACACAAGGAUGAUUCGGGGUCUGAUGAAUCCGGGAGUUCUUCUCCCGAGAUUGUACCAAUGCUUGAUGAUGAGCUCCAUCCGCUUUUAGAUUCAGAUGCUCCCCCCGGGCCUCCUGUGGAUGAUGUUAGUUGUGAGCAUUUUUGUAGGUCCAAUGAUAGCAGUGAAGAAGAAAAAACCGAAUUACAAGUUGAAGAGGAAGAGGAAGACGAGGAAGAAGGGGAUAAAGAAGAACUAACAAAGAGUGCAAUAAAGUGGACCGAGGAAGACGAGAAGAAUAUGAUGGAAGUGCGAAGCUCUGAGCUCGAAAGAAACCAACUAUUAGAGAGUGUUAUGGCAAGACGAAGGUCGAGAAAGUGGGUGAGCAUGAGCAUGAUGGGAUCAGGGAAGGAGUUGGAGAGCUGUGGUCCUCCCUUUGUGACAACAAGGCCAAGGCACAAUCCUUUCGAUAGUCUGCCUGAUUCCUACGAAGAGGGAUUGCCUCCAAUCCCUGGAUCAGCUCCAUCUAUUUUAAUACCUAGGCAAAACCCUUUCGAUAUUCCAUAUUACUCUGAUGAACAAGACAAAACUGGAGAUAAUAAUUCCGGAUUAGAUUUUUUAGAUUUUCAACCUAAAGAAACAACAACAACAACUACAUUGUUCGAGGAGAGUGAGUUUUUAAAUGUAGUGCCCUCAAUCUUUGGUAAACGAGAUGAAUCUUACUUUGCUGCGGAGCAGAUAUCUGCUCCAGAAGGAACAAGCUACUCAAAUAGGGAGGAUUUGGAAGACAAGAAUGUUGUCAAGGAUGAAGAAGAAGAAGAGAAGGUUGAUGUAAGGGAUAGGGAAGAAAAGAAAGUGAUGGAUGAUGAGCGUAUGUUUGAAGAAGCAGUGCUGAUAACUAAGAUAGAACGAGCUUCUGAGGAUGUUGGGCAUGGAAGUCAGUCUUCUGAGGAAGAAGAAGAAGAAGAAUUGGGGAGUCGUUUGAGAAAUAUUUUCGUGGAUGAGAUUGUAAUGAGACCGGAAAAGCAUGGUGAGUUUAAGUCGGAGUUAGAAAGUGUGGAAAGGAUCUUUGUUGAGAAAGAAGAGAAAACAGGAGCUAGUGUUGAAGAAAGAAGGUCCUCAUCCUCGUCCUCAUCCUCAUCCUCAUCCUCCUCGAGUGGGUGUGAUGCAGAGAAUGGCAUAUCGGGGCAAGCUGCAGUUGAGGAGGAGGGGGGUGAACGAAGAGAGCCGGUUUAUGAUUCAAGUCCUCCUCGUAACCAUACUCCUACUCACCAGAGUCUGAGGAGAAACUUGUCAUCUUCGUCAUUGGAUGUGGUUCACGAGACAUGGUUUCCUCCUAUACAGGUGAAGAGAACCGUAUCGUUUGGGCUUCCUCCUAUCAAGAGAACCGUAUCGUUUGCUGAAGGGGUUAUUAUGAUGGGAAGUAGGAGUCAUCGGGUCACCGGGAUGCCCAUUCCUAUUACUAAAGACAUGUUGGGAAGCUCCACAAUAUCGCAAUCACAACCAAAAACAACAAGUGAAGUGCUUCCAAAUCAUCAGCAUCAAGUCUCAAAUUCAUUUCCAGACAGCCAAGGGGACAUGAAGCAUCUGCAAGAUCAUCAACUUUCUGAAGCAGCAGAUAAUACUCAACAACACAGUUCCGAUCCUCAGCAGAUGAAGAAGCACAAGAUAGAUAGAUAA